AUGACCUCCACUCGGAACAAGUUCCUCCUGGCGCUUGUGGCCCUCGUGCUGCUCGCCACCUACGCUGCUGCGGUGAAGGGCGACUGCACUGUCGAGAACUGCGCGACGUGCCUUGAAGAGGACGCCACCAAGUGCGCGGAGUGCAAACCUGGCUACAAGCGAACCGACGCAGGCCAGUGCGAGGCGAUCUCCUGCGAUGUCCCGAACUGCGCAACGUGCCUUGAAGAGGACGCCACCCAGUGCGCGGAGUGCAAACCUGGCUACAAGCCGACCGACGCAGGCACUUGCGAGGAGAUCUCCUGCGAUGUCCCGAACUGCGCGACGUGCGCUGCUGGGAGCACCACCCAGUGCGCGGAGUGCAAACCUGGCUACAAGCCGACCGACGCAAGCACGUGCGAAGCGAUCUCCUGCGAUGUCCCGAACUGCGCGAUGUGCCUUGAAGAGGACGCCACCAAGUGCAAGGACUGCAACGCCGGCUACAAGGUGACCGACGCAGGCACGUGCGAGGCGGCAUCGGACGCCGCUGCGGCCCCGCACUCUGGCGUUGCCGCGGUGGCAGCACUGGCGGCUGCUGUGGUGGCCUACGCGCUGUGA